UUGAAUGCUGCUGAGUUCACACUGUUCCAAUAACUUAAAGGGUGUAAAAUAUAUUAAUGAAAGCCUUAGUGGUUUGUUUCUGUUAGUAGAUUAACGUCAAUGAAUUGGUUUGGUUUUGGUUUUAAUGGCUUUGGACAAAUAGACCCGCAGAGAAAAGAUGAAAAGAAAAGCAUGAAACUGCUCAGUCCUGUGGAGCUGGACUCUUUGUGUACUUGUGCUGAGACUUUUAGUAAAACAGGUUUAAAACAAAAGAUUGUUGCAUGUUGGAGCCGAAGUGCUGCCCUCCUCAUAACCGGUGAGCACCAGUGUGUCUGUGUACAUGGAGCUGACAGCAGUGGGUUGGUGUCAGAGAGUGAAGGAUGUCAGGAUGUGCUGAUCACUGAGAGCUGUUUAACCCUCAGAUUUACUCACACUGUCCAGUGCUGGAGUUUACACAGACAUGGAAGAGCACUUGUUUGGUGUGACGAACUAAACACAGCUGAAAAGACUGGGAAUGCUCUUCUGUUACCACUGGUCCCAGGGGGAUAUAUAGCCUCCAAGCCUCCAUUUUUUCGCCCCCUACCUACCCAACUGCGGUCAGUGAGCCUGGCACUGGGCACCGAGCACGCUGUUCUACUCACAGCCUCUGGGACUGUGUACACCUGGGGACAUGGCAGUCAUGGUCAGUUGGGUCAUGGCACUCUGGUGUCAGAGGAUGAGCCUCGAGCAGUAGAGGCUCUGUGGGGAGUCCCGAUGAAAUCUGUUGCUGCAGGCGGCUGGCAUUCAGCAUGCAUCAGUGCUGGAGGAGAUCUGUACGUAUGGGGUUGGAAUGAGAGCGGACAAAUUGGCCUGCCGUCAAAAGGCCUCAGAGAAGAGCGUCAGAGUGGGGAAGAAAGAAUUGAACAAGACAAACUGAAGGGGAGCAAAAAGGAAAAUGAGGGCACUGCUGAUGUGUUUAUCUCAAUUCAAGCGUUCCCUGCCCUGGUGGAUGUAUCAGAAGCAUCUGAAAUUAAGAAGGUCAGCUGUGGAUCCCGCCACACAGCGGCCAUCACCAGCACUGGUGAUCUCUUCACCUGGGGAUGGGGUCUCUAUGGCCAGUUGGGUCAUGGUUCAAGAUGCAGUUCAGAUGAACCAAAGAUUGUGGAGUUUUUCUCCAAUGGUAAAAUGAGUGUGGAGGAUGUUAUCUGUGGAUCAUGGAACACAUUUGUGGCAGCAGUUCCAAAGGAGCGUGUCCCAUCAUGACUCAUAUAUAGAUAAAUCUCUUUCUUAAGGACUUUUCCCUUUUGUCUUAAAACUGAAUAAUAAAAAGUUCAUCACAAAAAAAUAAAAUAAAGGGAAAAUACAAUCUAUUAUCAAAUAUACAAAUAUCUGUUUAAACAAACAAGUGAGUUUUAGACAUAAACGGAGAUAUUGAAAAUAUUUGCAACUACAAAGGCAGUUGAAAUAGAGAUACUGGAAACAACAACCAAAAUUACAAUUAACAUGUUAACAUAUUAGGAAUGUUGGCUGAAGAGCAAAGUGCACACAUGUUGAAAAUGAGCUGGACAUAAAAAUGUCUCUUGUUCUCAGUAGUCUUCACAACACAAUCUUGAAAGAACU